AUGGAGGCCACCGUGGCGGCGCCGGCGGCGCAGCUGUUAACAGAUAGGAGAGCGCCCAGAUGUAGGGCUCAGUUGGGAGCGACGAGAUUUUCCUGCCCAGGCAGAUUUGCAGUGGAAGCUUUUGCAGCCCAAUCUCAAAGCAGUGCUACUACUGCCAGGCAUAGAUUCAGUGCCACUUCUCAAGCUACUAGCCCUAGAAGAAUCAGAAGGAGGCAGUGUGCAGAUGAUCAUCCAGACUUCCAAGUUGGAUGCAGCGAGGUUGCUCGUGAUCAGCAUCAUCUCGACGCGAAUAGGUUUGAGGAAAUCCGUGGAGAAGUUUCAAAGAAAUUGCUCGCUUUCCAACAGUUUUGCAGGCCACACACAAUCUAUGGCACUAUAAUAGGUAUAACUUCAGUGUCUCUUCUGCCAAUGAAGGGCCUAGAUGAUUUUACCAUGACGGUACUACGAGGAUAUCUUGAGGCUUUGGCAGCGGCUUUAUGUAUGAACAUAUAUGUGGUAGGACUGAAUCAGAUAUUUGACAUUCAGAUUGAUAAGGUCAACAAGCCAGGCCUUCCAUUGGCGGCUGGGGAAUUUUCCAUAACAACCGCUGCAUUCUUAGUACUCAUAUUCUUGAUCAUGAGCUUUAGCAUCGGAAUACAUUCUGGAUCGGCGCCAUUGAUGUGCGCAUUAAUUGUCAGCUUCAUCCUUGGAAGUGCAUACUCAAUUGAGGCUCCAUUUCUCCGGUGGAAACGGCACGCGUUCCUUGCUGCAUCAUGUAUCCUGUUUGUGAGGGCUAUACUGGUCCAGUUAGCAUUCUUUGCACACAUGCAGCAUCAUGUUCUGAUGAGGCCCUUGGCACCAACAAAAUCACUUGUCUUUGCAACAUUUUUCAUGUGCUGCUUCUCUGCAGUCAUAGCUCUAUUCAAGGAUAUUCCUGAUAUUGAUGGAGACCGGGAUUUUGGCAUCCAAUCCUUGAGUGUGAAAUUGGGCCCUCACAGAGUAUAUCAACUAUGUAUAAGCAUACUGUUGACAGCCUAUGGGGCUGCCACUCUGGUAGGGGCUUCAUCCACAAAUCUCUUUCAGAAGAUCAUCACUGUAUCCGGCCAUGGCCUGCUUGCUUUCACGCUUUGGCAGAGGGCACGGCACUUUGAAGUUGAGAACCAAGCGCGUGUCACAUCAUUUUACAUGUUCAUUUGGAAGCUAUUCUAUGCAGAGUAUUUUCUUAUACCAUUUGUACAAUGAGAAUGUACAAGGGCCGGCAUUUCUGAACUAUGUACGCAUGUAGAGCAAAUUAGGUGG